AUGUUUAAUACAAUAAAAACAAAUUUAAAAAAUAGUGUAAAAAAACCGAGUAGAAUUAUACAGCUUAACAAAAUUGAAAAUAAGAAACCAAUUUUGAAAACGUUACCAGUUUUUCAGUAUCCAGUAAGUAACGAAAGAGAUCACAGGGUAUAUGUUUGGGGUUUGGCAGAUCACGGUGCUCUUGGUACGUUAAAAUCAACAAUGUAUGAAAAUGGUGUUUCUUACAUUCCAAAGCCUAAAAGGUUAGCUUUUGGAGAGAAACAUGAUAUAACAAACAUAACUUGUGGUUAUGGUUUUACUGCUUUUGCUGUAAGAUCCAAUGAUCAAAAUAUUUUAUAUGGAAGUGGAAUCAAUACGGAUUCCCAGCUUGGUUUCGAUGAGAAGGAUAAAAAAUUCACUAAUGGCUUAAUAACUGAGCCAAGACCUAUUAAUUUACCAAUUAGAAGCUCUGCUAAAGUUCUAGAUAUAGCAGCUGGAAGGGCACAUUUAUUAGUAUUAACAAAUGAAGGUUUAUUCACAUUAGGAAACAAUGCAUAUGGACAGUGCGGUCGUCCUAUAAUAUUAAAUGAAAAAUAUCAGAAAAGUAGAGUUGUUUAUCAUAUACCUAAUAUUAAAGAAAAAAAGAUAAAAGCUGUAACAGCUGGUCAAGAUCAUAGCAUACUCUUGACAGAAUCUGGUGAAGUCUAUACUUUUGGUUGGGGUGCAGAUGGACAAACUGGAUUAGCACAUUACCGAAAUGAACAUAGGCCAAGUUUAGUAAAAGGAGAUUUAGCUGGGCAACAUAUUAUAAAAGUUGCAUGUGUUGCAGAUUGUGUAUUAGCACUCAGUGAUAAAGGAAAGGUAUUUGGUUGGGGUAAUUCUGAAUAUGCACAAUUGCUUCUGGAAGAUAAAAAUCAACAAGUAAAUAUAGCUACAGAGAUACGUGCAUUGGAACAGUUAGGUCAUAUUGUAGACAUUGCCUGUGGUGGUUGCUUCUGUAUGGUCCUAAACAAUGUAGGCGAUGUUUAUGUGUGGGGUUAUGGUAUUCUGGGUUUGGGUCCUGAAGUUCAGAAAGUACUACAACCGACCUUAAUUCCAUCUGUAUUAUUUGGAAAUAAUGCAUACCAGAAAAAUACAAAAGUAAUAAAAAUAUAUUGUGGCAUGAGUCAUCUUGCAGCUGUGAUCAAUACAGGUGAUAUGUAUAUGUGGGGUUGUAACAAAUUUGGAUCUUUAGGAUUAGGAGAUUGUAAAGAUCAAUACUUUCCAUUAAAGGUAAACAUAGGAGCACAAGUGAAAAAGGUUGCUUGUGGGAUAGAUCAUACAGUUACUCUUUGUAAACCUUUUGUUUGA